CGAAUACAUACAACAUACAUACACAACAUUUGGCACAUUGAAGGUCGCGCCGUCUUAUAGUGAUAGGUGGUAGAGAAUCAUUAUUGGUCUUUUACCUCAAUAAAGUUUUCCCUCAUUUACAAUAUAGUGCAGUUGACAUAAUCCAGUAGUAGUGAAUAUUCUCAAAGUUAUCUUCCUAAAAACGUUAACCAGUCAUUAAAUCCUUUGACCGUUUUAGAAAAAAACAAAAUAGGUAGUUGAACUAAAGUUUUGUUUUGAAAAUUUAUAAGUGGUAGUUUUGGCAUACCCUGUUUCUUUUAUUUGGUCAGAGAAAUUAAAUGGCUGAAUCGUGGCAGGCUCCUCCAAAGCAGGGCCUGUACGACCCGCAGUUCGAGAAAGAAGCGUGUGGUGUUGGCUUUAUAGCUGCUAUUGAUGGUAAACGUCAAAAUAAAAUAGUGCGCGAUGCUCAACGAUUGGCUAUAUCUAUGAACCAUCGUGGUGCAUGCGCCUGUGAUAACGAUACUGGUGAUGGUGCCGGAGUACUUACUGCUAUUCCACAUGAUUUCUACUAUGCUAAACUCAAGGAUGAGCAAAAUAUACAACUGCCAGCUUUCGGCCAAUACGCCACUGGCAUCUUUUUUUUGGACAAACUGCAUCACCAAGAAUCCGAACAGAAAUUCGCAGAGUUGGCAGAGGAACUGGAUGUGUCCGUGCUGGCUUGGCGUACCGUACCAACCAACAAUUCCUCCAUAGGCGCGGUUGCGAGAAAUUCUGAACCGUUUAUGAGGCAGGUGUUUAUAACCCUCAAGAAUCCAGUAGGUGAGUCCGAACAAGAUAGGACUUAUUUUAUACUGCGCAAACGCGCCAGUCACCAAAUCCCAGCUCCAGGAAAACGUUUCUACAUUUGUUCUUUGAGCCGGAGAACUGUGGUCUAUAAAGGUCAGUUGACUUCCGACCAGUUAUGGACCUAUUUCCCCGAUUUAGUAGACCCCAUGUAUGAUACUUACUUGGCCCUUGUGCAUACUAGAUUUUCCACCAAUACUUUUCCCAGUUGGGAAAGAGCACAUCCCCUGAGAAUGUUGGCACACAAUGGAGAAAUAAAUACAUUACGAGGAAAUGUUAAUUUGAUGAAAGCUAGAGAGGGUGUUAUGAAAAACGAAGAUUUGGGUAACAAAUUGAAAACAUUGUAUCCAGUAGUGGAACCAAACCUAUCUGAUUCCGGAUCUGCUGAUUGCGUCCUGGAAUUUUUAGUGCAUGCAGGAAACAGAACUUUACCAGAGGCUGUAAUGACAAUGGUCCCAGAGGCUUGGCAGAAUGACCCCACCAUGUCUGAAGAUAAACGUGACUACUACCACUGGGCAGCUUGUACUAUGGAACCGUGGGACGGUCCAGCUUUGAUUUCCUUUACAGAUGGAAGACUAAUAGGGGCCAUUUUGGAUCGUAACGGGCUGCGGCCUUCGAGAUUCUAUAUUACCAAAGACAAUAUGAUGAUUAUGGCUAGUGAGGUCGGUGUAUAUGAUGUAGAUCCGUCUAAUGUAAUCUUAAAGAGUCGUCUAAAGCCUGGUAGGAUGUUGUUAGUUGAUACCCAAUUAAAGACCGUUAUUCAAGAUAUUACCCUAAAACAGGAAAUCGCAAGAUCUAGGCCACAUUCAGAAUGGCUAAAAGAACAGAUUUCCAUGGACGAACUUAGAAAGGCUCAUCUGGAUGCUAGUCGAACAGUUAAACCAAAGUACGAAACCAGCGGUUUGGGCGACAAAAGGUUACCAUUGUAUGGCUACUCGACUGAAACCAUUCACAUGCUUUUGUUACCAAUGAUUAAUAACAAGAAAGAAGCUUUAGGAAGUAUGGGUAACGAUGUUCCGCUGGCCUGCUUGUCCAAUUUUGCUCCUCUUCUUUACGAAUACUUCAAACAACUGUUUGCCCAAGUAACUAAUCCUCCCAUUGAUCCUUUCCGUGAAAAAGUUGUAAUGUCAUUACAAUGUCCAAUUGGACCCGAAGACAAUAUUCUUAAGCCAAGUUCAAAACAGGUUCACCGAUUAUGGUUAAAGAGUCCAGUAAUUUCUAUAGCAGACUUGGAGGUUUUAAAGCAAACCACUCACCGUAAUUGGAGUUCUCAUGUAAUUGACAUUACGUUUCCUGUCGAAGAAGGUGUACAAGGAUUUCUAAAGAAACUUCAUAAUAUAUGCGUAGAAGCAGAUGAAAUGGCCAAUAAACAUGAAAUCAUUGUGUUGUCUGAUCGACUAGCAGGAAAAGAUAGAGUACCACUUAGCAGUUUGUUAGCACUAGGGGCUACUCAUCAUUACAUGAUAGAAUCUCGUUCAAGGAUGAAAGUAGCUUUGGUUGUGGAAACAGCAGAAGCCCGUGAGGUCCACCACAUAUGCGUCCUUCUUGGUUAUGGAGCAGAUGCCAUAUGCCCAUAUUUAGCUUUGGAAUUGGCCUCCAGUCUGCGUGACCAAGGCGUAUUAGAUACUAACUUGACAGAUGAAGUGAUCUUUCAAAAUUAUGCUCAAGCUAUGUCUACAGGUAUCAGUAAGGUCAUGGCAAAGAUGGGUAUUUCUACACUGCAAUCCUACAAAAGUGCCCAAAUCUUCGAAGCGGUAGGAUUAGCUGAAGACGUUGUAGAAAAAGCUUUCAAAGGAACCCCAUCAAGAAUAGGUGGUGUCAACUUAGAAUUGCUUGCGGCUGAAGCCUUUGAACGACACCAAAAUGCUUAUAAAGUCAGUCCAGAUUCGUGGAUCGUUAGAGACAUUGGUAACUAUCAUUGGAGAGCUGGAGGAGAGAAACAUUUGAAUGAACCUGCUAGUAUUGCUGCACUUCAGGAAGCAGCAGUUAAUAAGAGCAAAACUGCUUACGAGAAAUUUAAGGAAUCAAAUAUGGAAUCAGUGAGAAACUGUAUGUUACGUGGUCGCUUGAACUUAAGAACUCUCGACCAGCCUCUGCCUUUAGAUGAAAUCGAGCCUGCUUCAGAGAUCGUUAAACGAUUUGCUACUGGAGCUAUGAGCUUUGGAUCUAUUAGUUUGGAGUCACAUCAGACACUCGCUAUAGCUAUGAAUAAAGUUGGAGGCAAAAGUAAUACAGGAGAAGGAGGUGAGGACCCGGAAAGAUAUCUGGACCCGGAAAAACGAUCCUCUAUCAAGCAAGUUGCUUCUGGUCGUUUCGGUGUUACAUCUUCGUAUUUAGCCCAUGCUGAUGACUUACAAAUUAAGAUGGCUCAAGGCGCCAAACCAGGAGAAGGAGGUGAACUUCCAGGGUAUAAAGUAUCCACCGAAAUAGCAAAGACCAGACAUUCAGUUCCAGGUGUUGGUCUUAUUUCUCCUCCUCCCCACCACGACAUCUACUCCAUCGAAGAUUUGGCAGAAUUAAUUUAUGAUUUGAAAUGUGCCAAUCCAAUAGCGAGAAUCUCGGUCAAGCUUGUAUCGGAAGUUGGAGUGGGAGUUGUGGCUUCCGGUGUAGCUAAAGGGAAAGCAGAACAUAUCGUAGUUUCUGGGCAUGAUGGUGGCACUGGUGCCAGCUCUUGGACAGGUAUCAAGAGUGCUGGCUUGCCAUGGGAACUGGGUAUUGCGGAGACACAUCAAGUAUUGGUUUUGAAUAAUUUGAGAUCCAGGAUUGUACUCCAGGCUGAUGGUAAUAUAAGAACAGGUUUUGAUGUAGUGGUGGCUGCUUUACUAGGAGCUGAUGAGAUAGGUUUCAGUACUGCCCCGCUCAUUGUUAUGGGUUGUACCAUGAUGAGAAAGUGCCACUUAAAUACUUGCCCCGUUGGAAUUGCUACCCAAGAUCCUGUGCUAAGAAAGAAAUUCACAGGCCAACCUGAACACGUUAUAAACUACUUGUUUAUGCUUGCUGAAGAAGUACGAGCACAUAUGGCCAAUCUUGGUAUCCGCACCUACCAAGAAUUAGUUGGCCGAACCGACCUUCUCAAAGCUGUUGAAAACGGAUCACAAAAAGCCAGAUCUCUAAACCUCAAUCUAAUUUUGCAAAACGCUUUACAUAUGCGACCUGGUGUCAAUAUUAAGGGAGGUUCUGUGGCUCAAGACUUCCAAUUGGAACAUAGAUUGGAUAAUGAACUGAUCGCCAAAGCCAAACCUAUAAUUGAUGGUACCCAUAAAAGGGUAGAUAUUGAAAUGAAGAUUCAUAACGAAGCCAGAGCAUUUGGAUCUACUUUGAGUUACCAUAUUUCACGUAAAUAUAAUGAAAGUGGUUUACCAGACGGCAGUGAAAUUAAUAUCAAAUUGACAGGCUCAGCUGGACAAAGUUUUGGAGCAUUUUUAGCCAAAGGCGUUAAAAUUAAACUUGAAGGGGACGCAAAUGACUACGUUGGUAAGGGUCUAUCAGGUGGAACUAUCGUAAUUUACCCUCCCAAAUCAUCUCCAUUUGAAUCCCACUUGAACGUUAUCGUUGGCAAUGUAUGUCUAUAUGGAGCAACUACAGGAAAAGCUUUUAUGAGAGGUAUCGCAUCAGAACGUUUUGCAGUCAGAAAUUCUGGAGCAGUAGCUGUCGUAGAAGGUGUAGGGGAUCACGGUUGCGAAUAUAUGACCGGGGGAAUAGUUUUGAUUUUGGGUCUUACUGGCAGAAAUUUUUCCGCCGGUAUGUCUGGAGGUAUCGCCUACGUAUGGGACGUCGACGGCAAAUUCUCUACUAAAUGCAACAUGGAGAUGGUCGAACUUUGCAAACUAGAAGACAAAGAAGAUGUUGAGCUGGUAAAAUCUCUUCUGAAAGAAUUCCAAGAAGAAACAGGUAGCGUGAUUGCUCAACAACUAAUAGACGAAUUUGAGAGCCGUCGCAAAGAAUUCGUUAAAGUGUUCCCGUAUGAAUAUCAAAGAGCUUUAAAACAAAAAACAACUGAAGUUGUUGUCACUCAAAAUCAACCUGUUGAACCUAAAAUAAAAGAUAUUGAGGAUACUAUCGGAGAUGCUUCUCAGGAGCAGAAGAAAGCCGAAAGGGCCCUGGAUAAGACAAGAGGCUUUAUGAAGUAUCCGAGAGAAAUGGCCCCUUACCGCCCUGCAGACAAGCGUAUGAAAGACUGGGACGAAAUUUACAACUUCACUCAUGUGCGUAAAGGUCUGCGGGUACAAGCAGCCCGUUGUAUGGAAUGCGGGGUACCCUUCUGCCAAUCUAAUAGUCAUGGAUGUCCUUUGGGAAAUAUUAUUCCGAAAUGGAACCUUCUGGUGUUCCAGAAUCAAUGGAGACAGGCGCUGAACCAUCUUCUGCAGACAAAUAACUUCCCCGAGUUUACAGGACGGGUGUGUCCAGCACCAUGUGAAGCUGCUUGUGUACUUGGUAUUUCUGAACCGAGUGUUACCAUCAAGAAUAUCGAAUGCUCCAUAAUUGACCACGCGUUCGAGAACGGUUGGAUUGUGCCUCAGAUUCCAACAAAUCGCACUGGUCGGCGUGUAGCGGUUGUGGGUUCGGGCCCUGCUGGUAUGGCAUGUGCAAAUCAAUUAAAUAAAGCCGGUCAUUCAGUAAUUGUUUUCGAAAGAAACGACAGAGUUGGGGGACUGUUACAAUACGGAAUACCUACGAUGAAAUUAAGCAAGACAGUUGUCCAAAGAAGAGUUGAUCUUUUAGCUGCCGAAGGCAUCGAGUUUAAGACAAAUGUUAACGUAGGGAAGGAUAUCUCAGCAAAAGAAUUGAGCGAAGAAUAUAAUGCCGUUGUACUUACGACAGGGGCUACAUGGCCGAGAGAUUUACCACUUCCAGGUCGUCAAUUGAAUGGCAUUCAUUUCGCCAUGGAAUUCCUGGAGGGUUGGCAAAAGAAACAACUCGGUGCCAAUUUUGAUGGGCCUCAUGCCAAAGACAAAAAUGUGAUAAUAAUAGGCGGUGGUGAUACUGGCUGUGAUUGCAUUGCAACUUCUUUAAGGCAAGGUGCUGCUUCGAUAACCACUUUUGAAAUUCUACCGGAACCUGGACCGAAAAGAUCUAACGACAAUCCAUGGCCUCAAUGGCCUAGAGUCUUCAGAGUGGAUUAUGGACAUGAAGAGGUAAAAGUUCGUUAUGGUUCCGAUCCAAGGGUGUUCAGCAUUAUGACACAAGAAUUCCUGGACGACGGUAAAGGCAAUGUUAGUGGCGUGAAAACUGUCAACGUGGAGUGGACCAAAGACGACAGCGGACGUUGGCAGAUGAACCAAGUACCUGGAACAGAAAAAAUCUUCAAAGCGGAUCUAGUUCUUUUAGCUAUGGGUUUCUUAGGACCUGAAAGAGCUAUUGGUGAUCAGCUAGAGCUUACGUUGGAUGCUAGAUCCAACUUUAAUACCAAGGACUACAAAACUAACGUAGACAAUGUUUUCGCUGCAGGAGAUUGUCGAAGGGGACAAUCUCUUGUAGUAUGGGCCAUUGCCGAAGGUCGCCAGGCUGCUAAAGCAGUGGAUGAAUUCCUAAGAAAAGAACGGUCGCUGUUGCCAGGGUCAGGUGGCAUCAUUCAACCGUCGCUUCAUGCAGUACCCUGCGUAGUUUAAAUUCAAAUUGAAUUAGUUUUAUUUUCUGCUUCAUGAAUACUUAUUUUAAGUAUUUUAUAUAUGUCAAUGUUGCGUUUUAUUUAAGCAAUUUCGUUAACAUAAUAUAUUUUUUGAAAUGUUAUAGUACUUAUCGUUAUUUGUUUGUUAAAAUACAUCGUAUUUUGUUAUGUCGAAUAUAUUAGUACUUUUUAAAAAUAGACUUGUUUGUAUCUACCGAAAUAAUUUUGGUUUUAUUCAAGUUAUUUUAUAAAAAAAUAUGUGUAAAAUCUGUAUAUUGCAUAAUGUAACAAUUCCUUUUAAAAGCCUUUUGCCCUAUAGCUAGAUUUGUAAAACAUUUAGUAUUCACCUAUUUUAACUCUGCGUUAGGCGCGGGUAUAAGUAUGACGUGGUUGGGCGCGUAGCCAACAGAUGUCACCCAUGUUUAAGUUGUCUUAUUUUUUCAAACAACGAUGUUUUUAAAUAAAAUAGGAUGAAAAAUAAGUACAUACUGGUUACAUUAACAAAAUUUUAUUCAUAUAGUUAAAAACAAUACAUUAUUUCCAUUAAAAAUCUGCGAAAAACGGAAACAAAAAAUAUUAUCAGCCAUCUAGGCAUGGAUUACAAGUAUCUUUUAAAUGAUCAAUGCAUGUCUACUUGCGGCACUUUAUACACUAUCUUCGGGUUGUUUGGUCACGUCUCUUCCACAUUCAUAACAUCUCCCACGUGGCGAUGCCAUAGGUGUUUCAUUAUGCUCGGGUUCUAGAGCAUUUAUUAAUAAUUUUACACGUCUACGAUUUCUCUUGGUUUUAUGAGCUGCCAACUUAACUCGUUCAUAAAACCAACCCCCCACACCUUAUUAAUUAACGCCAUUCCAUGCACGUAUUGGGAUCCUUGCUGUGCUAUAUUUUUCUCUUUUCUUCUUGGACAUUUUUCGUUUUUUUGCAACACUAUAAUACAAAAACAAAAAAGUAUUGUACAACAGAAUCUUAUCUUAUUAUAAUAAAUUAAAAAUUAUAAAAUAUGUACCUGAUCCCAAAUAGUAACGUAGUUAGGCGCACGGGUGACGAGCGUCAGCCAAUAAUCUUUAUCCAUCAACAACGACUAAAGGCUGAUUUAUGUUAGACCGGGGGGUGCACGAUACGUGCCGUAGGACAAUAGAAACGCACGACCCCACUCUGCUGUCGCUCCGUCCCGUUGUAGCAUAAACUAGCCAAUGCUUUUCAUAUUUUCAUAUCAGACGAUUCUUCAACGUGCCCCGUAAAACAGCCGUGUCGUCCACGCCCCGUCCUAACAUAAAACCGGCUUAACUCACGGCUGAUCUCGAAGAAUUGAGACAAUAGGUUUGUUCUAGCAUCAGUUUCAAACUGUUUGAAACCAUCAGCGAAUAGUUGACCAGCGCGAGUAGAGGGGAUAGCACUGGUGACUGUAUUAUGUUCUCUCACUGACCAACUGUUUGCUGACGGUUUCUGACUGGUUUGACUGUUUUCUAGAACAAACCUAAUAUGUUUACUUAUUUAACCUUAAUAUGAAGGUACAUGAGCGGUGAUAAGACCACAAGGAUCUACAGACCGAGCUAGUCCUAUAAAUUCCACGGCUUCGCGCCAUGGUUCACGCAACCGUACUUACUUGUGUUUCGAGUUGUGUGGUCGUGGACUGGUCGAGUGGAGUUAGAAUUUGUCAAAUUUAAGUAAAUAAUCGUUUCUACUGAUACAUAUUAGGUUUGUUCUAGCGUCAGUUUCAAACGGUUUGAAACAUCAGCGAAUAGCAGACCAGCGCGAGUAGAGGGGAUAGCACUGGUGACUGUAUUAUGUUCUCUCACUGACCAACUAUUUGCUGACGGUUUCUGACUAGUUUGACUGUUUGCUAGAACAAACCUAUUAUAAUUAGGUAUCUAAUAUAAUUAUUAAUAAAAAAAAUAUAUUAAACUGUUAAAAACUUUAAUAAUUAUAUUAUAUUAUAAUAAUAAUUAUUAUACUAUAAUAUAAUAUGCAGCUUUUAAUAUUGCUAAUACAUAUUAUUAAAGUUUUUAACAUUGUUUUUUAUUUACAUUAAGUUUAUAAAUACCAAGUCACCUAGGGCUCGAUAACAUGGAAAGGAAAGAGUCCCACCAGAGCUCAAUCCUUUUAAUACCUUAGGUAUCUGGGAUGAGUCAAUUUUCCCCUUAGAGGGAGUGUGAGUCGUAUGGCUAAAUCUGGAUUAGCAAUAUUAAAAACUUUAAUUUAUUAUACAUAUUAUAUUAUAUUAUAAUAAUUAUUAUAUUAUACCGCAGUUUCUUUAUAUGAAAAUGCAAAGCAAAAUAUAUACGCAAUUUGCAGAGUAAAUGCUUAUUGGUUUUUUUAAUAAAAUAAUACAAAUUGUAUGUAGCGUAGCUAAAGCGUUGGGUAGUAGCAAAAGUAGCUACGCCUCAUGAGACACGAAAAUGAUGAAAUUAAUUCUAUUUUUUUUUCAUGGAGAUUUUUUUAAAAUAGAUAACAUCAUUACAAAUUAUUUUGUUAUUAUUACAAGUAAUUGUUUGUUAUUAUUUACUGAGCCUUUAUAAUUUUGACUAAGCCAUAUUAUAAGCUAUUUGGAAAAUAGCAUUUCGCAGAAAAUACUGCAUUUUUUAUUUAAGUAUAAUACAAAAUAUUAUUAUUCAUUUUCUACUUAAGUACAGCAAAAAAACUUUGAAAAUAAAACAAGAGUUUAAAUUAUAAACACAAAACUAAAUAAAUAAUUUCCCACAACGGUCAAAAACCACACCUAAAAGAUAAAAAUUCACACCACAGAAUCAGUACCAAUAUUUAAACAGAAUCAACAACCAAACACUAACGCAGUCGCAAGUACGAUUGCGCGAAGCCGUGGAAUUUAUAGGACUAGCUCGGUCUGUAGAUCCAAGUUAUAAGACCCAACCACAGUAUAAAGCGGGACAGUAGAACCACUCUCCAAAAAAUUGGAAGUAAAAUCUGUAGUCGCGCAUGGCGACCGCGCAAUGUUCUUAGUCGCUUUUGUCCCACUCUCGCAUUGCUAUUCGGAUAGAAACGUACGGAUUUUAACAGGGAAAACCCGCAUCCACCACUGGUGAAUUACCAAUUGUGUACUGUCGGAUACUGUGCUGCCGGUAUUACUUCUUGAGAGGAGUGGUUUUACUGUGAAACCUCUAUAUCUGUGACCCAACCGUGCCAGUUGGGUACAAUGAGCGUAAAUAUAGGCGUGGUUGACCCCUGCCACCGACGCGACUAACGGAGGGUUAAAAUAAUUCUUCAGAUUCGUGGACAUUUUGAGACAGGUUCGCGACAGCUUUAAAAAAUUUUCAUUUUACAGCUUUUUUUAGGAAAGGUAACAGUCAGAAAUUUACUAAAUAUAAAAUUCGUGUUUUUGUUCAUGUUCUAAAUAUUUCUAUACAAAUCUAGCAAGAUACACUAAAUGAUACUGCAAAUUUUAUUUAAGAAAAUAGUGUAUAUUUUUAUAUUUCAAUGUCAAUAUUAAUUUUUUACAUGUCAAGUUCUACAAAAAUCUAAAGUAUAAUUCACUUUUUUAUAAUUAUAUUAAUUUGUUGUCACAUGUUAACAAAUAAAAGUAGAGUCGUCCUAAAAAAACUGUUAUUUUUUUUUUGUUAUGCGUUUUAUAAAAUGUUAAGGUUAGUUGCUAAGUAGCUCCUCAUAUCAGUUAAAAACAUCUUUUAAAAAUGUUAAAAGUUUAAAAUAUGUAUAAAUGUUGUUGUAAAUAUGAAAUAAGGGCAGAUUUUUGAAAGUCGAGUAUUGUCGAGUUUUAAAUAUUUAUUAAUUUUUCAUCACAGCUUUUCAAAAAACAUCAAUAUAAAAAAGUUCAAUUUUUUUAAGUUUAACUACUGGCCGACGUCCCAUCAUAGUUCCGCUAAGCAUUCUACUAGGUGUUCUGUCGUUAUACAUUCCUAUAAGGUAACCUAGCCACCGCAAUCUUUGUACUUUUGCAUAAUUUGCUUUAGAGGGUUCUUUGUAAUAUUGGUAUACCUCGUGGUUGAACCUUAUUUUCCAUAUACCAUUGUCACAAAUGGGUCCUAAUAUCCUCCUUAAUAUCUGUCUUUCAAAAGGUUUAUUGUCUUUUCAGUCAUAAUCCAUGUUUCUACGCCGUAUAUUGCUAUUGGUCGUAUGAUGCUUUUAUCCAGGGUGUUAGUAAAUAAGUAUGAAAAAUUUUAAGGGCUAAUUCUACAUGAAAAAUUAAUGCCAGUUUGCUCUAUAAACAUAUGUCCGCAGAUGCUUAGUUUCGGAGAUACGGGGUGUUGAAAUUUUUAUUUCAAACUGCCAAUUUAUUUAUUGCUCUAAGACCAGUUGAGCUAUGAAAAUGAAAUUUGGUGAGUUUUAGGAGGUAGUUAUUACGAAUUUUAUGACAUACAAUUAAAAAUUUUGUAUUCAUCAUUGGCGCGCCUACGGGCAAUGGUCUGAAUUAUUUUAAAGAAAAAAAUGCUACGCCACUGAGGUAUUUCGAAUUAGAAAUUAUUUUUAAAUUCCACGUCUAAUUUAUGAUAAAAAACCUUUCUUGCCUUUUUUUAUAUAAUGCACCGUUUUUAUGCAGAAACAUAAAACAUCUUGGCGCAUAUUUUUCAUUUCUUAAUACAUCAUCAAGAACUAUCCAAUAUAUUAAUACUAAACUGGAACCAUAACAGAAAAUAUUACUAAUACCAUUUCAACUAGGUGCAAAGCUGCAAGAAAUGGUUAAAAUGAUCUCCUUUACAGGUAACAGAAGAAUUUUAUAUUCAUCAUUGGCGCGCGUACGGGUAAUGGUCUGAAUUUUUUGAAGAAAAAAAUAGUACGCCACUGGGAUAUGUCAAACUAAAAAUCAUUUUUGAAUUCCUCGUUCAAUUGACAACAAAAAAUCUUUCUUGUCUUUUUUUCAUAUGUGGCGCCGUUUUUAUGCAAAAAAAUUAAACAUCUUAACGUUUACAAAGUAUUUGAACUAAGUUUCUAUGCAUAUGGAAACUACCUCAAAUACUUGGUAAGCGUUAAGAUGUUUUAUUUUUUUGUAUAAAAACGGCGCCUCGUAUGAAAAAAAGGAAAGAAAGAUUUUUUGUCGUAAAUUGAACGAGGAAUUCAAAAAUGAUUUUUAGUUUGACAUAUCUCAGUGGCGUACUAUUUUUUUCUUCAAAAAAUUCAGACCAUUACCCGUACGCGCGCCAAUUAUGAAUAUAAAAUUCUUCUGUUAUCUGUAAAGGAGAUCAUUUUAAACAUUUCUUGCAGCUUUGCACCUAGUUGAAAUCUUAUUAGUAAUAUUUUCUGUUAUUGUUCUAGUCUAAUACUAUUAUAUUGGAUAGUUCUUGAUGAUGUAUUAAGAAAUGAAAAAUACGCGCCAAGAUGUUUUAUUUUUCUGCAUAAAAACGGUGCAUCAUAUGAAAAAAAGGCCAGAAAGAUUUUUUAUCAUAAAUUAGACGUGAAAUUUAAAAAUAAUUUUUAAUUCGAAAUAUCUCAGUGUCGUACUAUUUUUUUUAUAAAAAAAUUCAGACCAUUGCCCGUAGGUGCGCCAAUGGUGAAUACAGAAUUCUAAAUUGUAUUUCAAAAAAUUCGUAAUAACUACCUCCUAAAACUCACCAAAUUUAAUUUUCAUACUGGUCUUAGAGCAAUAAAUAAAUUGGCAGUUUGAAAUAAAAAUUUCAACACCCCGUAUCUCCGAAACUAAGCAUUUGCGGACAUAUGUUUAUAGAGCAAACUGGUAUCAAUUUUUCAUGUAGAAUUAGUCCUUAAAAUUGUUCAUACUUAUUUACUAACACCCUGUAUAUUUUAAACUUUACUUCCCUAUGAUAUCUUUGAAUCCAGAUACCUGUGACAGAGAGAAGUAUGCUUUGUUAGCAAACAUUAUCCAUUUCCGUAUUUCCUCCUCCUCGCUACAAUCCAGAUACCUGUACACCCAGGUAUGUGAGCUGUUUUACUACUUCAAUGUUAGGGUCGUCUAUUGUCAAAUUCUGCAAGUUUCGUUGAUUCCUUGUUGUAUUAGGGCUUUAGUUUUAUCUACGUUGACGAAUCUGCCCUUACUAGUCAAAUAAAAACUAAAUAUGUA